AAGUUGCUCUUGCUCCUUCUUGAUUUAUGAAAUUCUAAAAAAGGAUGGAAAUGGUUGUCGUCAUUGGAUUGGAAUUGUCAAUCCUCUCUCUCACUCACACGCUUUGCUUUCUAGGAAACUCAAACCAUUAUUUUUUUUAUUAGUUUUCUCCUCAAGCAAGAUAAAACUAUGUCGUGAAUCAUCAGAAGAAAGAAAGAUUCUUUUCUACCUCCAACUUCGCUUGAAACUUCUUCUCUAAUGGAGGACAAGAAUGUGAAUAUAAUCGCUGUUUCAACAGUUAUCAUCCUCAUCGUUGUUAUCGUUAUCGCUCGAGUCUCACUUAAGCUCUCCAAGGCUUUCCAUCUGAUUGCAGGGGCUGAUAUUGCAGUGAUCUUUGCGGUCCUCGUUUGCCUGAUGAUCAGACUGCGUUAUAAUCGCAGAAGGCAGUUGUUAGUGACCCAAUUAGUUUCUGAAGGCAGAGAGCUUCGCAUUGAGUAUAGUUUCUUGAGAAAAGUUGCUGGAGUUCCUAUAAAGUUUCGAUUCAAGGAGCUCGAGGAAGCAACUGGUAAUUUUCAGUCGUUGCUAGGCCAAGGGGCUUCAGCUUCGGUUUUCAAAGGGAUUUUAGCCGAUGGAACUGCCAUUGCUGUGAAGCGGAUUGAGAAAGAGGAACGUGGAGAGAAGGAAUUUCGAUCGGAAGUUGCAGCAAUUGCUAGUGUCCAGCAUGUGAAUCUGGUGCGUCUUCUUGGAUAUUGUAUUGCAGCAGGAGGGCCUCGUUUCCUUGUUUAUGAUUUCAUCCCAAAUGGGUCAUUGGAUUGUUGGAUUUUCCCCAAAAGGGGAACCCGGGAUCUCCCUGGAGGGUGCUUGUCAUGGGAAUUACGGUAUGGAGUUGCCAUUGAUGUGGCUAAGGCACUUUCUUACCUUCAUCACGAUUGCCGGUCAAGGGUUUUGCACCUUGAUGUCAAGCCAGAGAAUAUACUUCUUGAUGAAAAUUAUCGAGCAAUUGUGACAGAUUUUGGUCUUUCAAAGUUAAUGCGAAAAGACGAGAGUAGAGUCAUCACAAAUAUCCGUGGGACGAGAGGUUACUUAGCCCCAGAAUGGCUCUUAGAGCAUGGUAUUUCUGAGAAAUCUGACGUCUAUAGUUAUGGAAUGGUUCUUCUGGAGAUGAUUGGAGGCCAGAGAAAUGUUUGCUUGUUACAAAAGGGCAAUGAUAGGUCUCAAAGGACAUGGCAGUACUUCCCAAAAAUUGUCAAUCAGAAAAUGAGAGAAGGAAAGCUUAUGGAAGUGGUUGAUCAUAGGCUAGUAGAAAGUGGAGAUAUUGAUGAAAAGGAAGUAAAAAGAUUGGUUCAUAUAGCUUUCUGGUGCAUACAGGAGAAGCCCAGGCUUAGGCCAUCCAUGGCUCAUGUGGUGGAAAUGCUUGAAGACCGUGUGGCUGUGGUGGAGCCCCCUGAUACCCAAAUGAUUGUUAUCGAUUUGUUGUCAAUUGAUGGGGAUGCACCAGAUGGUCAUAAGAGGGCAACUAUUGCUGCAUUGGCUGCAGAACAAUUAGAAGAAACCAAUCCUACCGUUUCAUGCUCAUACACCUUUUCUGUUGUCUCAGGAAGAUAACUACUCCUGGAGUGCCUUUCGUUUCCCCUUUAGGAUUCCUUUAGCUCUAAGGUAUCUUCAUUUUCAUCAUCUUUGAGUUGACAAUUUUAAUUUUUGGCUAAUGUUUGUGCAUAUAAGAAAAAAACACACCAACGUUCAAGUUCAUACUGAUAAUCUGCAAUUGUAUUUUUCUUUCUUCUAUCACAUUGCACAUAAGCCAUUAAUGGUUAAUGGUUUUAAGAACCAAGCUUUCUUUU